AUUCCACUGUUUGGAAAAAAGAAGUUGCGGAUAAGAACAUUGUGGGUAAUCUUACUGAUAAUGGAGAGAAUGUUGGAUCACAUGGUAGAGAACAAAGUGUUUCAGAAGUCAACAAUCAGGGUUUUUCUUCUGAGAAAAUGAAUAAUUCGAUUUCGCAUUAUGAUUCUCAACAUAAGACAAUGCACAAUGGUUCUUAUGGGGAAUGUGAUAUCUUUGAUGGUAGAUGGGUGAGAGAUGAUACAAAGCCAUAUUACCCUGCUGGGUCUUGCCCUUACAUUGAUAGGGAUUUUGAUUGUCACCUCAAUGGAAGGCCAGAUGAUGGGUUUUUGAGAUGGAGAUGGCAGCCAUAUGGGUGUGACAUCCCGAGUCUGAACGCAACUGACUUUCUAGAGAGACUGAGAGGGAAGAAAUUGGUUUUCGUGGGGGAUUCACUAAAUAGGAACAUGUGGGAGUCUCUUGUUUGCAUUCUCCGCCACAGCAUCAGGGACAAGAAACGAGUUUAUGAGAUAUCGGGAAGGAGAGAUUUCAAAAAGAAGGGGUUCUAUGCAUUCAGAUUUGAGGACUACAAUUGUUCCGUGGAUUUUGUUAGUGCUCCAUUUCUUGUCAGGGAAUCAUACUUCAAGGAUAGAAACAGGUCUUUUGACACACUAAGAUUGGAUUUAAUGGACCGGACAACUUCAAUGUAUCAUGAUGCUGAUGUCGUAAUCUUCAAUACUGGCCAUUGGUGGACUCAUGAGAAAACCUCUAGAGGAGAGGAUUAUUACCAGGAAGGUGAUCAUGUGUAUCCAAGACUCAAGGUCCUAGAAGCGUACAAGAGGGCACUUGCCACUUGGGCCAGAUGGGUUGACAAGAACAUUGAUGGAAACAGAACACAGGUUAUCUUCCGAGGAUAUUCAGUCACCCAUUUCAGGGGAGGCAUGUGGAACUCAGGAGGGCAGUGCCACAAAGAAACUGAACCAAUCUUCAAUACAACUCACUUGGCAAAGUACCCUUCAAAGAUGAGAGCUCUAGAACUUGUCCUUCAAGAGAUGAAAACUCCGGUUCUAUACCUUAACAUAAGUAGGCUUACAGAUUUCAGAAAAGAUGGCCAUCCUUCAGUUUAUCGGAAGGAAUACAAAACAGCAGCAGAACGAAACACUGCUGAGCAUUCUCAAGAUUGCAGCCAUUGGUGCUUGCCUGGAGUACCUGAUACUUGGAAUGAGUUGGUAUAUGCUUCUCUCUUGAAGGCUGGGAGAGGAUCUUGGAGUAGCUGAAAAGAUAUGUACACGAAUAAUCGGAUAUAUAAUGAUUUUUUCCCGCUAUUGUUUUUUUAUAUGGAGGUAUAUUUUCACUUCCUAGUACAUGUUGUAAGUUUUACGAUUAGGUGCAAGAUAUAUAGAUCGACCCAGAUAGGGCUGUUAAAAAAGCCAAGCUUGGACACUUU